AUGGUGACCACCAAUGUGACCAUCCCAGCCAGCCUGUCCAUAACACUAUGCCAUAGACUAAAUAUUGAAGAUAACGCAGACAUAGCUAACUAUCAGACUCUGCCUACAAUCCCUUCAUCCAUCAAGAUCUUAAGGUGAGUCCUUACAAAGAAGAUAUGUCCUGUAUGUAUUCAUUUUAUUUAAUAUAGUUUCAACCAAGAUAAUUUAAAUAAACUUCUGAGCCCCUAUCACUCACUAUAUGGUGGGAUAUACAGUAGCCAUAGGCAUCAAACUCUCUGAAGAGCAUCAUUAUGUGGUAGGCUAUUAUAAAGAUGUAGUUUUCAAGGCUUAGGCAAUAGGCACUUAUGCUCAUAGUGUUAAGAUUUCCAUGCUGUCAGCAUGUUUGCACAAAUACUGUAUGGUGAAGAAGCCAUCAUUUCACUUUUUUACGAAUGGAGUUGGGUUAAUAAUUUUGUUAAAAUAACCAUGGGCAUUUUUUUACAUUAAAGUUAUUGAAAAUUCCAUUCAAAUUAAUAUAACACCUAUUUGAAGUGUACCAAAAUAUAAAAACACCUGCCAGUUGGCAAAUGUUCUAAUAAAAACUAACGGGGUGAUGGAGAACAGAUGCCCAAAGUAUCCUGAUGCAAUUUGCCUGUUUUUGGGCGGAUGAUGCCUUCACAUGUCAAUAUCUUCACAUGUCAAUAUCGUCCUAAAAUAAUCUCAAAGCACCGCUGAACCCUGGCUACCCCCCCCCCCCCCUGCUAUCACUGGACCGCUGCUCUGCCGCGUGUCCUCUACAACGCGUGUGGAUGCGCUAAAAGAAUGACGAGAUUUACUUAUUCUGAGUAUCUAUCGCAAUUUCGUUAUGGUGGGAACAAGAGCAACCCGUCUUUAGGUAAGGUAUCCAAUGAUGUGAGGCGAUGCGUUGAGCGGCGACGGCAGAACGACUUUGUGUCAGAGUCAGCGGAGUGAGUCUUUUGUUAAUUGUGAAGUGCAGGGCAAUCCCCGUGGACUAAAUGAUUGGGGUCUGUUUCAGUCUAUAAAAAAUGUAUAUUUUAUAUAAUAAAUUAUAAUAUUUAUUGAUUUACAAGGACCAUACAUUAUUGCCAUUAUAUCUAAACUAUGGAAAAUAAAAUCACGGAUUUGCCUACUCUUUAUUUAAAAAUAUUAACAACUAGAUUUAUGAGAGAACUCGGUAUCAUAAACCUGCAUCUAUUAACCUACAUUCUGCAUUCUCUUCAAGUCAUUUGCCUUCCCUCUUCAUUGUAGGGAUGUAGAUCCAAUAGUGUUUGCCAUCCAGAGAGGAGAUGCUCAAGCUGUGAAAGAGCUGUCAGUGGCUGCACCACUCAGCCUGAUGAAAGAGAACAAAGAAGGAUGGAUACCUUUGCAUGAGGCUGCACAUUGUGGCCAAGCUGAAUGCAUAAAGGCACUGCUGAAAGGUACACAUUGAAAGCAUCAUUUUUACAGUCUUGAAAUGCAAACCCUUGCCUAUGUUAAUGGCGCUAACUUAAAUUGGGGUUGAAUUAUAGACUGGAUGUUAAAGCAUUUUGUUUAUGUGUAUAUUAUUUCCACUCCAGCCCAACCAGGAUCAGUUGACAAGCGCACCCUCCAGGAACAGACUGCUCUAAUCCUGUCAGUUUCCAGUCAGCGACUGUCCUGUGUGCAAUGCCUUCUACAGGCAGGGGCAGACCCUGACAUCAGCAGCAAGAACAAAGAGACUCCCCUAUACAAAGGUACAGCUCCCCACGUGGCUAUAACAUGAGAGUGUAAGAUAUGGUUUUGAGGAAUAUGUAGGCCUAUACUGAAGCAUGGUGUCUUCUGCCAGUCUGUCUAACCCAAUGUCCUUUGAUGCCUUCCAGCGUGUGAGUGGGAGAACGUGGACAUGGUGAGCCUCAUCCUGUCAUACGGUGCCACAGUGAACCAGAGGUGUAACCGGGGCUGGACAGCCCUCCACGAGGCAGUGUGCAGGGACAACGUAGAGAUCUGUGAGAUGCUGGUUAGGGCAGGAGCCAACAUUAACCCUCCCAAUACCUACAGCAUCACAGCACUCAUAGUAGCAGCCCAGCAAGGAUGUGUAGAGGCCAUGCGAUACCUCAUUAGGAAAGGUAGGUUACAGUGUGUGUAAUGCUGUAACAGAUGACAUGGUUGGCCCUAUAAUACACCCCUGCUAUAUGGCUUUUUACUGUAAUCACCUUAUUCACACAGACAAUGAAAACUCCUAAUAAUGAGGUGAUACAUUCAUUCUUAUUACAGUCAUUCAGUUUUCUGCAAAGUCACUGACGGUGUGUUCUUUUUCCUCAGGUGCUGACAUCAACAUGCAGACGUGUGAUGGUGCUACAGCCCUGUAUGAGGCCAGUAGAAAUGGCCACAGGGAGAUAGUGGAGCUGCUACUCUCUCACAACCCAGAUGCCAACAAACCCACCAAGACAGGACUCCUACCUCUACACGUUGCUGCUCAGUAUGGACACCAUGAGUAUGUACGAGUGCACUAUAUUCCUCCUGUCGUGUCUCUCUUGUAUUACUCUUAUGUACAGUACUAAUGUCCCCUUGUUCCAGUAUUGUGUCCCUGCUUGUCCCAGUCACCAGUCGGGCCAGAGUUCGCCACAGCGGGAUCAGCCCCCUCCACCUGGCUGCAGAGCACAACCGGGACAUGGUCACAGCCAUACUGCUCAAGACAGGUGCCGAUGUCAACGCCACACUAUCCCACAAUCGCUCCAUGCAGUAUUCGGAUCACUGCGCCACAGCACUCUACUUUGCCAUUUCCAAUGGCAGCACUAAGACAGUAGAAAUGUUACUGAAAGCUGGUGCUAAUCUGAGCCUGGACCCAGUCAACCCUCUACUAGCAGCUGUAAGACAGGGGUUGUACCAGGACUGUCUCUCUACUGCUGGAGCAUGGGGCUGACGUUAACACCAGCAUCCCAUCCUGUCCUACCACCUUCCCUGGUGCUAUCAUACUCUGUAUGAAUAACCUACCUCUUCUCAAGUGCCUUUUGGAUAAUGGCUGUGAUGCAUGGGCCUACUUCAGAUGUGCUUAUGGUUGCAGCCCACACCCAGCCCAGGACAGCAUGGGCAGCAUAGUCAUCGACAUCAACACUGUACUGCCCACCAAUGACAUGUCUCUUUUAACCUGCACAGGACCUGUUGCCAGUAAAGUACAGGUAAGGCAAAGUAGGCUCCUAUUGUGAUUAGGAUUAUUCUGGGACCUUGAUAAAUAGCUUUUUUUCUUCUUGGCAUGAUGCUCAUUAUCUUUUCUUUCUGUUCAUUCUUAUAUCCCUUAGUUUUGUGAGUUGAUCUCAUCACCAUCUGUGCGUAACUGGGCAGGGCCCAUCGUAGACUUACUGCUGGACUACGUUGGUAAUGUUCAACUGUGUGCCAGACUCACCAAGCUCCUGGAUGGACGGCAGGAAUGGCCCAGCAUCAAGACCAAGUCAUGUGAGUACAUCAAUGAACACACACACACAAACAGGUGGGACAAUCUAACACAGCGUCCCCUACUGUUUCCUCAGUGUCAGCCCGUCCACUGAUGCACCUGUGCAGGCUAAGGAUCCGUGAGCAGAUGGGUGUGUCCAGACUCAGGUCUCUGGACAGCCUACCCCUCCCAGAUAGACUGCUGCAGUACCUCAGCCUGACCAGACACAGCUUUGAUGACUUCUGCCCUGAUGGCAAAUAA